CUUCCAGUCACGUGAGCAGCGUGUCUGCUCCUCCUGGUCUUUGUUGUGGUGGCAGACACCUCCUCCUCAUCCACCUCCUCCACCGGCCGGAGGACGAGCGUCCAUCCCGCAGGAAGACGCGCACGCUGGCUGAGGACAGCAAGGAUGCUUCCACGCAGCGUCCGCUGUGCUUCCUGAAGGUGUCUCCGUCUUCCUCCCCGUACCUUCCUCCAUGAUGGCGUCAGGCACGGUGCUCCGGUGCCUCGUGUCCGCGUGCGUGUUGUCGGUGCUGCUCGACGUGCCCGAGGCGCGUGCAUCCUAUCAACCUCAGGGCGGAGAAUGUAAAAACAAAGACUGUGCUGCAGGCGUGUCAGAGAAGAAGAGCGACCUGAGAGUGUGUGACGAGUCCACGUGCAGGUUUGGAGGCGUCUGCAGAGACGACGGCUCUCAGCUCAAGUGUGUGUGUCAGUUCCAGUGCCACAAGAACUACGUCCCUGUGUGCGGCUCCAACGGAGACACGUACCAGAACGAGUGCUACCGGCGCCAGGCGUCCUGCAAACAGCAGAGGCUCAUCUCCAGAGUGGCGGACGGCCCGUGUUCUGCUGAUCCUGGUUCGGGUUCAGGGGAUCCGGAUGAUGAUGAAGGUUCUGGUUCUGACAUUAGCAAGAAGUUCUCCAAGUGCAGCACGUGUAAAUACGGAGCAGAAUGUGAUGAAGACUCCGAAGACGUCUGGUGCAUCUGUAACAUCGACUGCAGCGGUCACAACGAGAACCCCGUGUGUGCCACAGAUGGCAACUCCUACAACAGUCCGUGUUUGGUGCGCGAAGCUUCCUGCAUGAAGCAGGAGCAGAUCGAUGUGGAACACCUGGGGCGCUGUCGCGCUGACAAAGACAAAGUGGGGAGGAAGGACAAUGGCAGUCCUUUCAAAGUAAAUGUCCUGGAAACCAAGGGUUUGGAGCAUGGAGAUGGCUUCUACGGCGGUGUGGCCACGGCCUGCGGUGAUGCCUACGCUGGAUUUUGUCUUCACGGACGAUGUGAACUUCACUACAACAUCGCCACCUGCAGGUGUGAGUCGGGCUACAAAGGCGCUCGCUGUGACGAGCUUCAGCACUUCAACGUCCUCUAUGUAGUCCCUAGUGGACAGAAGCUGCAUUACGUCCUAAUCGCCUCCGUCAUCGGUGCCGUGCAGAUUGCCAUCAUCGUUGCUGUGGUGAUGUGCAUCACCAGGAAAUGUCCCAAAAACAAGCGUGGGGGACGUCGCCACAAACACAACGUGGGGGGACACUUCUCAUCCUCAGACACAAACUCUCGGAUGGUAUAACCGCCAUCUUUUUUUUUUUUUUUUUUUU